GUUCAGUUGCUGGCGGCAAGCAGCUCGCGCUACACGUGAAACGCUUAAAAAUUUCUAAGUACAUAGUAAGAAGCUGCUGCAUAAGCACUCUCAUUGUGAUACAUAGCGCUAAAUCGCAACAAAAUGACCAGCAAUCAAGAGGUAGUUGUCGCCUCACCCGUCACACCACAUCCACCGCCCAAGGAUCGCAAGCUAUGGCGUGAUCUUACCGCCUAUUGGAUAUUGGGUCUCUGCAACAACUAUGGCUAUGUGGUGAUGUUGAGUGCGGCACACGAUAUUAUUGCGCAAUUUCAAGAUUCAGAGGUCGAUGAUAAUACCACAGAGAAUACGGACGAGGAUACCCGAAAAUGUCAUCUGGUGUCGACUGGUGCGAUUUUGCUGGCUGACAUCUUGCCGUCGUUGUGUGUGAAAAUUGUGAUACCGUUCCUGCCAUUUUGGGUGAACUUCAAAAUUCUGCUCGCUGUUCUGCUAUCAGCUUCAGGUUUUUUGCUAGUUGGCUUUGCCACAGCCGAGUGGAUGGCAUUGCUGGGCGUGGUCAUUACUUCGGCGAGUAGUGGAAUAGGUGAACCGACUUUCCUGUCGUAUUCGUCGCACUUCCAUAAAAACGUCGUUUCCACUUGGUCAUCUGGUACUGGUGGCGCCGGUGUAAUUGGUUCACUCUCCUACGCCUCUCUUCGAGCGCUUGGUGUUAGUCCACGUGAUACUAUGCUC